AGCAGUCUGUCUAGCUGCAGCAGUCUGCAGACAGACAGGCAGUCGGCGGGGCCGAACUGGGCUUUUUUUGACCGUGGAAGUUUCCCAGCAGCCAGAGCCCAGGGGCGGCCGGUGGGAGGAGGCAGAGAGUCCGCAGCUGCCACACCGCACAGCCUCUUUGAAAGCCGCAAGAGGAAGGAGCCGCCCGCGUCAACCGAUGUCAACGGAGGUGCUUGAAGCCCAGGACCUCGACGGGUUAAGAGAGCAGGCAGCAGACGGACACACCAGCCUGGCGGACAUCUGCAGUGGCGCAGCGGGCAGCAGAAUGGCGUCCAUAGCUGAAUACUACGCUGGCAAGAACGUGCUGAUCUCAGGAGCCACAGGCUUCAUGGGAAAAGUGCUGGUGGAGAAGCUGCUGAGGUCCUGUCCUGAGGUCAAGGCCCUCUACCUCCUGGUCAGACCCAAAGCGGGGCAGUCCAUGCGGCAGAGGGUCAGUGACAUGAUGACCUGCAAGCUUUUCGACCGAGUGCGGGAGGACGACCCCGACUUCCACCAGAAGAUCAUCCCCAUCAGCAGCGAGCUGAUGCAGCCCGGCUUGGCCAUCAGCCCGGAGGACGUGGAGAAGCUCACGGGCUGCAUCAACAUCGUCUUCCACUGCGCCGCCACCGUCCGCUUCGACGAGCCUCUCAAACACGCCCUGCAGCUGAACGUGAUCGCCACACAGCAGCUCCUCAGCCUGGCCAAGCAGAUGCACCACCUUGAGGCCUUCAUUCACAUCUCCACCGCCUAUGCAAACUGCAACCGCAAGCACAUCGACGAGGUCAUCUACCCGCCGCCCGUCGAGCCCAAGAAACUCAUCGAAUCUCUUGAGUGGAUGGACGACGGCAUCGUGCGUGACAUCACGCCGCGGCUCAUCGGCGACAGGCCCAACACAUACACCUACACCAAAGCCCUGGCUGAGUUCGUGGUGCAGCAGGAGCAGGACAAGCUCAACAUCGCCAUCAUCAGACCCUCCAUAGUGGGAGCCAGCUGGCAGGAGCCUUUCCCCGGCUGGAUCGACAACUUCAACGGGCCAAGCGGAGUCUUUAUAGCCGCUGGAAAGGGGAUCUUGCGCACCAUGAGGGCCAACAACGAUGCGGUGGCUGAUCUGAUCCCCGUGGAUGUGGUGAUCAACCUGACACUGGCUGCUGGCUGGUACACCGCUGUGCACAGACCCAAAUCAGCUCUGGUGUACAACUGCACGACCGGCGGCAUCAACCCGUUCCACUGGGGAGAGAUUGAGUACCAUGUGAUGUCGUCUUUCAAGAGGAACCCCCUAGAGCAGGCUUUCCGCAGGCCCAACGCCAACAUCACCUCCAACUACCUUAUCAAUCAAUACUGGAUCCUGGUCAGCCACAAGUUCCCCGCAUUCAUCUACGACCUCUUCCUUCGACUAUCUGGACAAAAGCCGCAGAUGAUGCGCAUCUUCAACCGUCUGCACAAGGCCAUCAGCCUGCUGGAGUAUUUCAGCAGUCAGGACUGGGAGUGGAACUCCGAGAACCUGAGCAUGCUGUUGAGCCAGCUCACCCCAGAGGACAGGAAGACAUUUAACUUUGAUGUGCGUCAGCUCAACUGGCCCGAGUACAUUGAGAAUUACUGCAUCGGCACCAAGAAGUACGUCCUGAAUGAAGACAUGUCCGACAUUCCCGCUGCCAGGCAGCAUCUGAGGAAACUGAGAAACAUCCGCUACACUUUCAACACUGUCUUGGUCAUUUUCAUCUGGAGGGUGUUUAUCGCCCGUUCCCAGAUGGCCAGAAACAUCUGGUACUUUGUGGUCAGCCUCUGUUUCAAGUUCCUCUCCUACUUCCGCGCAUCCAGCACCUUAACCAACUGAGUCUUCCUCACUGCCUCGAGAGACAGCAGCGCUCACCUUCAGCUGUCAGCAGGAAGCGACAUCUGAGACUCUGACCACCCACCAAGGACGCUCUGAAUCCUCCUUUGAGUGUGGAUUAGCAGGGGGCUCUCUACAGGUGGGGGCUGCAGCUGAGUGAAGCACUCAUAAGAGGGGAAAAAAGAGGUCUACUAGCCAUGAAUUAUUUGUUUAGUUUGGAAAUCUGUCAUUACCACUUGCACUGUUCAGUCACCAGAACCCGUCCAAAAAAAAAAAAAUGUCGUCAUUCAUUUUGUACCAGUUUUCUCCUCAACGUGGCCAAUUAUAUAUGCAAACAAAGCCUUUAGUGUGAUUUUCAUUUUCUUUUCCACGUCGUUUCCAUCCCCUUAUGUCUAGAUUUACAUUGCCUUGCCUUGUGAUUUUUUUUUCUUUUUUUCCAGUUACAUUCUUGAAAUAUGGCAGUGCUUCAGUGGAGGACGAUUCCUAUAAGAUGAUUAUUUUGGUUCUCUGUUUUUUACUGUGGGGAUAUCCAAUUCCUCUCUUUAGUGCGCAGGUGACUUGGAUGUCUGUGUGAGUCUUGCAUUAUGUGUAUCUACUGCCUUUUUAAGAUUCCACCCAAAAACAAGUGUUGGUUCUGUCUCAAGGCCAAUCCUCAGAUUAUUGAGGCUCACCGCAUGAGACAACUUUAACAUUCUAUUUACCCAAAACAUACAGAUCUGCCAUCAUCCCUGCCGCUGAGGUUGUCACUUACUUUCGGUCUCAAAUGAUAAUGUCAGUAUGUCUCGUUUGUCUGAAUGCUCAUCCACAUUUUGCCUGUUUGUACAGCAGUUUGUACUGAAACUAAGUUUACUACUUUUACAUCUUUAUACUUGCGUCAAAGGCUAGACUGAUAUAUGUGGUAGACCUUGGCAGUGUAUCAUAUAUAAAUAAGAGUACAUCAGAGUCAUGUUUAUUUGUAUAGCCUUGCAUCACAUACCAUACAAUGUCACCUAACAGUUCCCAAUCAAGCCCAAGUUUUCUGAGAAGACAAAAUCACCCAAAACUUCUAAAUGCAUCAGGAGAGGGACCUCCCUUCUUCUCGGAUGGAGGCGAAGUAGGAGCCAUAGGUGAGACAAAUCAAGGUGGAACAAUUAGAAAUGCCAGAUAAAACAGUGAGACUCUAAAAUGUCCAAAGCUACUGUAGUAAAUACAAAAUUAAGAAGAAGAAUUUGUCCAGUGUUAGUGUUACGGUCUGAAAAUGUAGGUAUGUGAGUUUUGGGGACCAAACAAAGAUGGAGGAGAUGUGGCCCCAGUUACUGGAGUUUGUUUAACAACACUAAUAAUAGUUUGGGUUUUUCUUCUGAAAACCUCAAAGACUCCUCUAAUCAUCGGUAUGAAAGAUUUCUUUUCGUUCUUGAGGCAGGCCUCUUGAUAUUGAAGAGGUCAUGAGAUUAGUUUGGUGUGGCUGAGAGAGAUCAUGUAUUUAUAUGUUGGGGACCGUAUAAAAAUCAGACCCAGGAUGAACAGGAAACCAAAGCAGGUGUUUAGUCAAAUUUACGAGGGCCUGUUAAAUUGUGCUGAAAGUUUUUUCAAUUAAACCAGAAAAUGGAGUGUUUAAAGAGUAAGAAAAGCAAGAUUCUAUUCAGACAGUUUUCGAACAGCAAGUUACCAGGACAGGAUAAAGCAAACAUUAACACAACCGACAGCACUUGUAGAGUAGAGUGUUAUCUGCAUAGGAGUGAACAUUCAUGCUGCAGCUGCAAAUGAUUCCAAACAGAAGAAUAUUGUGAAUAGUAGUGGACCAAGUACGGCACCCUGUGGGUCACCAUACCUUCCCUGAUUUAGGGACGGACCACUAUUUUUAACCAAGACAAACUGUGACCUACAUUCAAUGUUAGUUUGGACCUAAAUCACAGAAAUGUGAGGUUAUAAAUAAGGAACUUCAGUCCCUGCUGGUAUUACAUCCUUGACCCCCGUUUGGAAGAUCUGUAAAUAGUUAAACUACAUAUUAUUCUUAUAGACUACCAAAAGAAAAAAGUAUCUGACUGUUGAUUUUUGCUUGGUGAGUGUCUUCACAGGAUUCUACCACAGAGCUUCCCACAGAGUCUACCAAAAGUGUUAAGUGUGACAGGCAAGUGUGAUUUUUCUAGACAAAUGAGAAAACUGUGUACAGUAUUGUAUGUAUUGCAACGUUUGACUCUUGACAGAAUACAAAUACAUAACAGUUAUGAGCCUUUAUGGGAGAAAAGGGACAAAACUAAAUAAAUGUUUAUGCAAAGUA